AUGGGAAACUAACAUGGCUAAGGAUUCGACCAUUCUAAACAAAGUGGUUUGUACAUUCGUACUGAUAAACCAUUUUAUUUUGCAGGUGAAGAAGUCAAAGGCAAUAUUUACUUGAAUGUGGGGGGAGGUGCAUUCCCUAGUUCUACAAUUUACUUGAAAGUUAAAGGAUCUGAAAAGGCUAAAUGGACAGAAGUCAAAACUGUUUGGGAAAAUGUUCCAGGAACUAAUCCUCCAUAAAGAAGAUCAAAAUAAGUUACGGAACAUUAUGAUAACGAAAAUGAGUUCUAUCAACACAAAAUUCCAGUUUACAUUUUUUAACAAGGAAUGAUUCCUUUAGGACAAUAUACAUUUCCUUUCAGUUUUAAAUUGAAAGAAAACCUGCCAGGCUCAUUUCAAUAUCAAGAAAAGGAUUUAGAGUGCAAAAUAAGAUAUAGUGUUAAGGCUGAAAUAGAUUCACCAAAUAAAAAUUUAGAUAAGGUCAAAUAUAAAUAAGAAUUUCUUGUUAGAGAACCUAUUAAGGAGUAAAUCAAUUAAAGCGAAGGCUCAUAGGUUUUAUAGCCAACUUCAUGUUGCUGUAUACCAUUAGGAACUAUUUUGUUUAAGUUUCAAUUUGAUAAAACAGCUUAUUAGCCUGGUGAAAUUGCUUAAUUACAAGUAGAGAUUGAUAAUUCUCAAUCUAAAGUUGGCAUCCCAACAAUCACAGGAAGAUUGACAAACACAUUAAGAAUUGUGAGUAAAUAGGGCCACUCGAAAUUAAUACAUAGAAGUUGCGGAACUUCAAUGAUUCCAGGACUUCAAGCAGGCCAAUCUGCUCUAAAUGAGCAAAGAAAGAACAUGACCUUAUCAUUAGUUGAUUAAGGUAGAAAUUAACCCUUGGAUCCAACUACAAAUGGAAAGGUUGUGAUGAAUAACUACCAACUCUCUGCUACUGGAGAUUUAGAUGGAACUUGCUUAUGCUGUACAACAACUCCAGGAAUAGAAUUUCCCAUCAGGAUUGUAGCCAAGCCAAUAGCAAGUUAUGAUUAACCAGUUGUGGCUCCUUCUGGAUGGAAUCCACAAGUUAUGAACGCUGUUGCUGUACAGUUUGAUGAUUCUUAUAAGUAUCAACCUGCAACUGGUGGAGUUUUGGUUCCAGCUUAAAAUCAUAAUCCGUAGGGUUAUCAAAAUCCAAAUUAGCCAUAUUAUGGAUGA